AUGAAUAGUCCAGAAACCUCAAACUGUUGCUGCAAAUUGCAUCUUUUUCUUCUGUUUGUGUUCCAGGCCACGGCUACUGACCAGGUGGUGGGGUACGGCUUAGUAGCCUUCAGCCUGGUUGUCUUUGCUUACUAUACUAUCUGGAUUAUCAUACUGCCCUUCAUUGAGAGCGACCACAUCAUUCACAAGUACUUUUUGCCCCGGGAAUACUCGGUUAUCAUCCCUGUGGCUGCUGGGUUGCUGUUGCUGCUCUUUGUUGGAGUUUUUAUAGCCAUCGUUACAUGGAAGAACCGGAAGCCGUCCAAGAAAUCCGCCUGAAGACAACGAAAGGGAAGAGCCAUGGAGGAAAAAGGCAGGCUCUUGGUGGCAGCUGG